UGGCAAAUGGAGAACCACACCUACCCUAAGAACAUGUUCCUCCUGGAGGGGUUAAAGGUCACUCAACAGUCCUCCUACCCUGCCUUCAUCCUUCUCCUCAUCAUCUACAUCUUCACGAUGGUGUCCAACAUCGGCCUCAUACUACUGAUCUCCAUGGAGAGGAGCCUGCACCAGCCCAUGUACAUCCUCUUCUGCAACCUACCUCUCAAUGACGCUCUUGGAGCCACGGUUAUCGUCCCUCGUUUGCUGAGUGACAUAUUCGUGGCAAGCACAGACCGCUACAUUAACGACGUUGCGUGUGCCGUCCAAGCAUUUUGCGCCCACAUGUUUGGCACAACAUCACAUACAAUACUGAUUAUCAUGGCCUUUGAUAGAUAUGUGGCCAUCUGCAACCCCCUGCGAUACGCCACCAUCAUGACCAAAAGGAUGAUCGCAAAACUGACUGCUUUUGCCUGGGGGUCUGCCUUUCUGCUUGUGGGGGUCCUCCUGGGCCUCACACUCAGCCUGUCACGAUGCAGAUCUGAAAUCUUCAACCCCUUCUGUGACAAUGCCUCGUUAUUCAAGCUCUCCUGUGAAAGCGUUAUUAUUAACAAUAUCUAUGGACUCACUUUUACCGUCCUACUCCUGGGGUCCUCCAUAGGGAGUGUGACACUAACAUACCUUAAGAUAGCUAUUGUGUGUGUGAGAAACAAAAACAGGGUUCUGAAUAGCAGGGCCUUGCAGACCUGCUCCACACACCUGUCUGUGUACAUCAUCAUGCUGGUAUCCGGUUUCACCAUCAUCUUUCUCCAUCGCUUCCCUCAGUGGGCCGACCACAGGAAACUGUCAGCCAUUUUGUUUCAUGUGGUUCCUCCUUGGCUCAAUCCUAUUAUCUACGGUCUGCAGACCAAAGAGAUCAGACAGAAAAUCUUCAACAAGUUUCAUAAUAAUAAAGUGACUGUAUGA